AUGGGCCCCUGUACCGCCUCCUCAUGCUGCUGCCAGGCCCGUAAUCUGCCAUGGGCCCCUGUACCGCCUCCUCAUGCUGCUGCCAGGUCCAGAGUCUCUCAUGGGUCCCUGUACGGCCUCCCAUUGCUGCUGUCUCCAUCGCCACACUCUGCCAUGUGCCACUUUCAGGUCUCCUCACACUGCUGGUGUGUUCCAUUUUUUGUCAUAGGGUGCUGGCAGAUUACGGGCCUCCCAUUGCUGCUGCCAGGCCCGUAAUCUGCCAUGGGCCCCUGUACCGCCUCCUCAUGCUGCUGCCAGGUCCAGAGUGUCUCAUGGGUCCCUGUACGGCCUCCCAUUGCUGCUGUCCAGGAGGCAUCGGGUCAACAGUCUCAUCGAGGUCAAACGUGCCACAGUAGAGCAGGUCUCCACUGCAGCACUGGCCAUUU